CUCGCCAGAACGAGGUUUCCAAGAUUGAUCGCAGCGCACUUGGUCCUUACAUAAGAAUUGAUGGAUGAAUUGAUGGCCGAGUGUGGGGUCGAGAGGGCGAUCAAGCCCAAUAUAGGAUUACAGAGCUCGAAGAGGCCUCGCCUUCUACAGCUUGCGUCUCCAAAAGCUUAGACUCAGCGCGGAAGAUCAAUUCCCACCAACACGACUCAAACCUCGCUCGUGCCGACAAGAACCAAAAGAGCCCCAACGAAAAUCCCGGUCGAAUCGAAGUAAUUCCUCACGAUGACGAGACCAUGCAGAUCAAGAGGCACACCAAGACCAAUGAAAGAUCAAAACAUAAGCUUAAACGCUCCGCGCUGAGACGAGAUCAGCCACAUGCAGAGAAUGUGACUCGAAUCAACACAACCGCCGGGUUCCCAACUUCCUGUGAGCCGGAAGAGACUAAUCAGAGAGGCGUAUCAAGAUCCCAAUUGACCCUGCUCUCGGGUCAGAAGACACCGAUCUCCGGCUGUGUCACAACCACAUCCCCAAUCAGUAGAUCGACAACACUCCGGGAGUGGCACCGCAACCCGCGGUGAGAAGCCCGAAGUCCGUCGCCAGGCUUCCGAUUCGCUUCCUUUGCACCAGACGAGACGUGGGGGAGAAGAAAGGAAGCAACGGGCGGGCGGAAGGGCGGGCGUCUGGGGGGUGGGGGUGGGGGGCGAACGAGGGCGAGACAAGGCUUGGCUCCUGGCUUGGCUGUCUAGACAUAAGCCCGCGCCCCUACAACAACGCCGUCCUGCGAGAGGAGAGCCAUGCGAUGUCGAGGUCGGCCUCCUGCUGCUGCCUCGACUCUUCCUCCUGCUGCUGCUGCUGCUGCUCCCUCUGCUCCCGCUGCUGCUGCUCCUCCUCCUCGGCUGUCGUCCGUCCCGCACAACUCCAACAACACUAGACUCGGCACAAGAAAAGAUAGCAAGUCCGAUCUACUCGCCUGCACCUCUGCUUCCCGCACCGAUAAUAUGCAUCCACGAUAUUCACUCCCGCUUCUCAUGCCGUCACAGAAAGGCCACCUCCUCCUCUUCAAUCCCUCCUCCACCUCCUCUUCAUCAUCCCCUCUGUCCCGAUAAUGAUUCAUUAAACGCCAAGCCCCCCGCCCUCACCCUCACCCCCCACCCUCCCCCUGCCCCUCUCCCUCUCCCUUUCCCUGCCCCCUAUCCCCACCCUGCCCCGUCCUCCUCCUCCUCCUGCUGCCGAUCAAUUUGGCUCUGGCUCUGGCUAUGGCUCUCGCCCUUCCUCCUCCUCCUUCAUUCUUCUCGCCUUCCCUUCACUCCUCCUCUUCCUCUUCCCUUUACCCUCUUCUCUCUUGCUGCCCUCCCUCCAUCGCUCCCUCGCUCCCUCGCUCCCGCAACCGACCAACCAAUCGCGGCCCACUACAUGCUCCCUUUUGCCGUCCUUCGAUUGCCCCCACGCUGCCUCUCUUCUCGCUUCCUUGUCGCUUCUUGCUGCGGGCCUGGGGGCCUGCCUGCCUUCACGCUCGCCUGCUUUCUCGAUUUGGCUAUGGCGGAGCAGGCGGGGGCGCGGUGGGGUUGAUUUUUAUUUUUAUUUUUAUUUUUAUUCGUGGCUCUCUGAUUCUUUUUGCUUCUUUUUGCUCCGUCUUCUGGCGGGGGUUGCGAUUUCGCUGAUGGCGCUCGCGAGCGCCGAGACUUGGAUUCGCGGCUUGUCCUUGGCCUUUCGGAAAACCCUGCGCCGAAGGAAGAAGGACCACUCGAGGAGGGAGGGGAGGCCCAUGCCUGCGAACCCUAGAGUCCGGCCUACAACGGGGCACGGAGCUCGCGGAGGUUGGGCACCGAAGCAGGCGAGGGCACGAUGGACGGGGCAGGCCACGUGUGCAGGCACCGCGAGCGAGGUCGGGUGAUCGUCGGGUUAGAUCUCAGCGCUGACACGUCAGGCGGAGAUAACCUUCUGGGACCCCCGGUGCAUUAAACGCUCGGAGAUGCCAGAAGGGCAAAGGCCGUCCGAUGGACCUUGCGGGCCGCGCGAUCCUGCUACGUGGCACGUCGGUGCUGGGCACUCCACGCGUGCCGUCGCCUGCGCCACAGGAUCCCGGUGGCGAUCCCUCGAUUUUUCAUUCCAGGCCAGCUUAUAUCCAGACGCUUCUGUGCCCGUCGGUUAUUCCGGACCGGCUGGACAACAGCACGGCGGACCAGUCAAAGCGGCGAGCCCACUUCUUCGCUGCCAGUGACCCCAAUCUGGUCAAAAUUCCAUCUAAUCGCCCUGUACCGAAUCCAUUACUGCUCCGAGUCAAUCCCCCGUUCUUCCAGUCACCGAACAUUAUUUUCCCGCAGCAUAAUUCCCUAUUUGCUUUUCCUUUCUUUUCCUUUAUUUUCUUCGGCCCGACGGCACCCGGUCGUCAGGUGCUUUAUUCCCGGGGAUAUUCUUAUUUUAAUGCGCACAUAGUGGCGUGACCGGGUUUCGCCGUCUAGGGCAGAGCGCCUCUCCCCUUCCCGUCUCGAGGGAAGGUUGCCCUCCGGAACCAUCCUCUGCAUUCGAGGGGUUUGGGAGGGGCUUUGCUAAAGGGAAUAAAACCGUCUAGAAUGAAAAUGAGAAAUAAUGAUGAUGACAUUAUCCAGACGUUCGACAUG